CUUCUGAUUGUAUUAUACUGUUUAACUUGUGCUUAAGGCUUGUCACUAUGCCUGAUGCCUGGCCAGAUCUUCCAACCUUGAACAAUGCUUCUCUUAACAAGAAUGCAGCCGCCCAUCUACGCUCAUACUGUGAUCAAGCUGCUGUCUUAUUCGGAGCGGCGGGCCAGUCUAUAGGGUCUCCUACCAAUUAUGUCCAAUUUCUGGCAAAGAUGGUCGAACUAUUUCUUUGCGAAGUUGAUAUAGAUCCUGAAGAGAUACCAACUGAACAAGCUCCUAAUCAAACCACCCUCGAAAUGAUCAAAGACAACGCACCAGCUAAGUGCACAGACGGACGGGUAGAAAAGUGGAUGAACGGGGUCAUGGACCCCGAACCAGAGCCUUCCCCCGGCAGUGCACCUUUAUCACUGCCUUCUCCACUCGAAUCCUCUCCUCCAGUGUGUGAGGAAGGGCUAUCGAUAACUCGACUCUUGAUCCGCUGGGAGGGCAUUCCGUGCCCUUACCGCAAGUGGCUGGAGAUAGAUAUAUCUCAAGAGCUGAUGGAACUUCUUGAACAUGAAAUGAAUGAAAAAUUGCCGGGAAUGGUGUUGCGCAGGAUAGGGACUGAUCAUCUGGAACAUGGCGACCUGGAAAUCUGGAUGGGAACAGGGCCGAUGUGUGAACGACUCGUAUAUAAUUCCGAAAAAUGGCUCCCGUCGUUAUUCCAUGGCGACAAGGCCCGAAUUGUGACCACGAAAAAGACCUUCCGGCUUGCUGCUAGUGUGUCAGCACAAGCAAAAGACCCCAAGGCAGAUCCAAAUAAAUCCACGAGCCAGAAGAAGAGAUCUAAUCGUCAAAAGAACCAGAGGGCCCGAGUACGGAGAGCCAAGAAACAGAAGACCCGGUUGGCUCAACAUGCUUUGAAUCAAGGAACUCAGGCAUGUCAGACAUGACUUUUGAUGUUGUCUUCGUCUUCUACCGACUUAAUGAGGCUCUGCGCCAGCCUUACACUCCGACAUAAACACACGACCGACUCUACCACCAAUUCGUCAUUAUCCGGUAUCAAGCCACGGCUAGACCCGCCAGGACCUUCUAUGUCCAUCUAAACAGAUCUCUGUAUGCUAUUAAAUAUCGAAUAAUCUGCGAGGUUGAUACCCUGGGGUUGUAAUACGUCCCACUUCGAAAUCAGGAACGGGACAUCUGACUAUUUCUACAAGACGAACCUGAAAAAAACAAUGGUAUCAAUUUCCUCAUACACGAGAAACGGCGCAAAAAAAACCUUGAAAGGGCACAUAAAACCGAAAUAUGCCAAAGAGACAACG